UCUACGAAUUCACGUUUCACGUAGUAAUAAUUUUGUGAAUUGUAAUUAAUUACAAUUAGACAAGUUAAAGUUUUUUUGAAAUAAAUAUAAGCAUACGGAUCAAAAACGAUUUGCAUUUGGCCUUGGCGUCGCUUUGCUUUGCUUCGCUCUAUUUGUUGCCAGGUCGGUCAAUCACUGCAACAAACGGUUAAUUCUCAAAAGUGGAGACAAAUAAAAAAAGACCUCGACCCCAGGCACACAUUGUAACAAAAGUAUUGUUGUUGUUGCCGGUGAUUGGUUAAAAUACAUCGAAUUAACUGCUGUGUGUGUAUGUGCUUAAAUUAUUUAUAAACCAACGAAUAACAACAGCAAAAGGAGGGGGAGAGAAAACUCAGCGCGAUUUACUGUUUUACUUGCCGUAACGGUAAACGCCAAAGAUAAUUGUGAUAAUUGUGCCUAAACCUAAAUAUAAAUUUAAAGAGCAGCAUAUUAUAUUAUGAACCGCACUCGCAGAAAGAUCGUACGUCCAAAAAAUCCCUACACAAAUGCAAAUUACUUCUCACGAUGGAGUUUCUGGUGGAUGCGAGAUAUGUUCAAGCGUGGACUUCAAGGUCCACUCACGGACGAGGAGCUGUACCAGCAUAGAAAGACGUUGGACAGCGAACGGGUGACGAACAAAUUCGGUCAUCUGUGGGAAGAUGAGAAGCAGCGCAGCAAUCCGAGUGUCGUACGCAUGAUGUUCCGUGCAUAUGGUUGGGUAUUCAUGCCUCUUGGUAUCAUCUUCUCUAUCGUCGAAUCCUGUUGCAAAUCCCUAAUGCCACUUUUUCUGGGCAGCCUCGUUGGUUAUUUUGCCGCGGAUCAGACAACGAUAAGCAAGGCGGAUGCAUACCAAUAUGCAAUGGGAAUUGUGGUGUGCUCGCUGGUGCCUGUGCUGACAUUCCAUCCCUUCAUAUUCUUCAUAUUCCAAGUGGGCACCAAACUGCGACUCGCGCUCUCCGGCCUCAUCUAUCGCAAGUGCUUACAGGUCUCAAAAAGCAGCAGCAACGAUGGAUUGCGUGCCCGUGCCAUUAACAUUUUGUCCAAUGAUUUGGGUCGCUUCGAUGUGGCACUGUGUUUUCUGCAUGACACGUGGAAGGGACCGAUGGAAUCGCUGCUCAUUGGCUUCCUCAUGUACCGCGAACUGGGCAUAUCCGCUGUGAUUGGCGUCUCCUUCAUGCUCAGUUUUAUACCUCUGCAGGCCUGGGCUGCCAAAAAGGCGGCGUAUUAUCGCCAGAUGACCGCAGAGCGUACAGAUUUGCGUGUCAAGCUUAUGAAUGAGAUUAUCCAAGGCAUCCAGGUGAUUAAGAUGUAUGCGUGGGAGAAAUCCUUUGCACGCGUCGUUGCCGAAGUGCGCUUGAAGGAAAUGAAGGCGAUACGUGGCACGGCCUACAUUCAUGCCGCUCUCAGUUGCACCUCGAUGAUCUCGCCACUGUCGGUGUUCCUUGCGCUCUGCUCAUAUGUGUAUCUGGGCGAUGCUCUCACUGCCAAGAAGGUCUACAUGGUCUCCUCGUAUUUUAACAUGCUGAACGAUUCUAUGGUGCACUUUUGGCCUCUCUCCAUCACAUUUAUAGCCGAGGCUUUGGUGUCGGCGCGCAGAUGCAAAGAAUUCCUGUUGGAUGGCGAUAAGGCGGAGGCACCCAUCAAUUUGGAAGCGGAUGCCAAGAAGCCAAAGAACAAGCGCAAACUCAACGACGAAGACAAAAAGAAGAAUGUCGAGCUGAAUGGCUCGCUGCUGUCCAAUGGUCAGUCGCAUCCGGCACAGCCGCAAUCGCAGCCCAAUCGACUCAGGGAUUACAAUCCCGAUGCGACCAAGAAGUGUGUGGUGCUGAAGAAUGUGACAGCGUCGUGGGGCACCAGAGAUGGUCUCUCCAAUUGCGCCAUUGAUAGCUUUACCACCGAUAUACAGGAUCCCAGUUUAACGGCAGUCGUUGGUCCCGUCGGCGCUGGCAAAUCCAGUUUUCUCAAUGUCCUGCUGGGCGAGGUGGGCAUCGAUGAGGGCGAAGCGCUUGUCCAUGGCAAAGUCUCGUACGCUGCACAGGAGCCCUGGGUCUUUGAGGGCACCAUACGCGACAACAUUGUGUUCGUGGAGGACUACAACGAGCGGCGUUACAAGAAGGUGAUUAGAGUCUGCGCUCUGGAACGUGAUCUCGAACUGCUGCCCAGGGGCGAUUUAACGGUUGUCGGGGAGCGAGGCGUCAGUCUCAGUGGCGGUCAAAAGGCACGUGUGAAUUUGGCCCGUGCCGUUUAUCGUAAAGCUGACAUUUAUUUGCUGGAUGAUCCACUCUCCGCGGUGGACACGCACGUGGGCAAGCACAUCUUUGAGAAGUGCAUACGGGACUUUCUGUCGAAUAAGAUCCGUAUUCUGGUCACCCAUCAGCUGCAGUAUCUGUUCGAUGUGGAGCACCUGCUGCUCAUGUCCGCCGGCAAAGUGGCCGCCCAGGGCAGCUAUCAGCAAUUGCAACGCUCGCGACAGUUUCAAUUCUUGGAGCAGACGCACGACGAGAGCGGCAUCGAUACGCACAGCGUCAACAGUCAUAUGUCGCGCAGCGACUCCGAGAAGAGCAUGGACCAUCAGCACAAUCAGCUGCUGCAACCCCAUGAAACCGUUGAGGAACUCAACCAGGAACAGCAGGCUGUGGGUGCGGUCAAGUUUAGCGUCUAUGCCUCCUAUUUCAAGGCGUUGGAGAGCUCAUUUCUGCUUGGCUUGAUUAUGGUCCUCUUCAUUUGCUCCAGGAUAAUGCUUACGGGCGUGGAUUACUUUUUGUCGCGCUGGGUCAUAUGGGAGGAAAAGAUUGCGCUCAAUGGCAGCACAACAGCUCUGCCAUCGAUUGUCAACAGCACUUUGGAGUUGCCGACUCCGAUGCCUGUAAAUGAUACCAUUAAUGUAUCCGUACCGCUUCGAUCUGAGAACACUGUGGAUGCUGUGCGUCAAGAGCUGGUCUUGUUCUACGCUGUCAUCCUCACUGCCACACUCAUCGUUUAUCUGUUACGCACCUUUGGCUACUUCCGGAUGUGUCUGCGCAUCUCGCUGCGUCUGCACGAUCGCCUCUUUCGGGGCAUAACGCGUGCCACGAUGUAUUUCUUCAAUACGAAUUCCUCGGGUCGCAUUCUGAAUCGCUUCUCCAAGGAUAUACGCACCGUGGACACGGAUCUGCCGCACACACUGCUCGAUUGCCUGUUUUUCGCCAUCGAUGUGUCUGGUGUGCUGGUCAUCGUGGCCAUAGCCAACUUUUGGCUCCUGGUGCCCGCUGUUGUUAUUGUCGUUAUUCUGGCUUGCAUACGCUAUCUCUAUGUGAACACAAGUCGCAGUGUUAAGCGACUGGAGGGAAUAUCUCGCAGUCCCAUCUACUCGCUGACGAAUCAAACGUUUCAGGGCCUGACAACGGUACGUGCUCUGCAGGCACAGAGCGCUCUAGAAACUGAGUUUCACGAGUAUCAGAAUGCAAACACCUCGGCCUGGUUCCUGUUUCUCUCGUGCACCCGAGCGUUUGCUCUGUGGUCGGACCUGUUGUGCAUUGUCUAUAUGACGGCGGUCACAUUCAGUUUUCUGCUGUUGCACACCGAGUUCAACAGCGGCGAUGUCGGUCUGGCCAUUCUGCACAGCACAACGAUGACGGGCAUGUGCCAGUGGGGCAUGCGUCAAACAGCCGAGCUGGAGAAUGAGAUGACGAGUGUCGAACGUGUCCUCGAAUACACAGAGCAACCAUCAGAGGCACCCCUCGAGACAGCAGAGAAAUUCAAACCAAAAACCGAGUGGCCCAACAAGGGACGCAUUGAGUUCAUCAACUUUAAGUUGCGAUACUCACCGAAAGAGGCGCCUGUGCUGCGAGAUCUGAACUUCACCAUUGAGUCGCGCGAAAAGGUUGGCAUUGUUGGACGCACCGGUGCCGGUAAAUCGUCCAUCAUUCAGUCCAUAUUCCGUUUGGCCUGCAAUGAGGGGAUGAUACGGAUCGAUGAUGUAGACAUUGAGCACAUGGGAUUGCAUGAUUUGCGCAGUCGCAUCUCAAUUAUACCUCAGGAUCCGGUGCUCUUUUCGGGCACACUGCGCUACAAUCUGGAUCCAAUGGACGAGCGCGCCGAUGAUGAUAUGUGGAAGGCGUUGGGCGAUGUCGAGCUGCGUUCGUAUGUCUCCACACUGAUAGGCGGUCUCGAUUGUCGCAUGUACGAUGGUGGCUCCAACUUUAGCGUGGGUCAGCGUCAACUAGUCUGCCUGGCUCGCGCCAUUCUGCGCAAUAAUCGUGUGCUGAUCUUGGAUGAGGCCACUGCCAAUGUUGAUCCAGAAACGGACAAGUUGAUUCAGCAAACGAUACGCUCAAAGUUUGCCGAGUGCACAGUGCUCACAAUUGCCCAUCGAUUGCACACAGUUAUGGAUUCGGAUCGAGUGCUGGUCAUGGAUGCGGGCGAGGUGCGGGAACUGGGACAUGCUUAUGAGCUGCUGCAACGAUCGGGCGGCUAUCUGCGCCAUUUGGUGGACAACACGGGCACGACGACGGCAUCUGCGCUCCAACAGGCAGCCGAGGAAAGUUAUACCAAACGCUUACUGGACGGCAGAGUGCCUGCCGAGGACCUAAAUGUCACAGUGGAUGCGCUCCACGAGAAGACGGAGUAGCACAAAGGAAUAACAAAAAAGAAAGGAACUCAUCACAAAACAAAAACAAACCCGCAAACACUUAACUUAAGAUGUAUUGCAUUGGGAACUGAAAGUAUUAUUAUGAGCGUACAUUGAAAUGUUUGUACUUAACCUUAAUAUCUGUUUUGCACUUGUACUUUAUAAUUUGUAUAAGUUCUAUAUUCCAUAUAAGUAAUAUGUACAGUAUGUAUGCAUGUAAGCGUGAUUCAUUGUUAAUUCUUGUUACUUAAACGUCAAUGGUGAUGCUCAGAGAUGAAUACAAAACAGACUUCUUUUUAAGUAUAUAUCUUAUCUGUAUGCCUCCGCUAUGUCUUCAUUACAAUUGUAGAACUUUAAAGAAAGCAAUUUGCACAAAUUAACAUUGAAAGCAACUUAAAUCAAACCAAUGCCAAGUGCUAUUUAUUUUUUAUAUAUACUAUACAAAAUGUAGUAGAAAUCUAUUAUAUAAUGUAGCCUUAUAACAUUGUACUUAUGUACGCCUGUAUUUACGUACAACAUCUCAAUAAAGUGCCUGAGAAUUAUUACAACGAAAAUAUUAAUUAAAAUUGUUACUGUUAAUAGAUAUUUACACAAAUGUCUCUCCAAAAACAAACAUAUAUAUAUAUAUACGAAUAAUCGAAGUGAUGGAAAGCUCCAAUCGAAAUUGUCAAUGGCAAUGCAGAUUGUAAUAAAACAAAAUUGAAA